AUGCCCUCACACGUCAACGAAGAGCCCCUCACGCCGGGCCAGCUGGACGUGCUGCUGGACAUUCUGACGCACCACGAGACGUACGCGCAGAUCGAAGACUGUAAGCAGUCGGAGCUGGUGGCGCGUUGGGGGUAUCCCUUUGCGGACGCCAAGGGGGGCGCCGCCUUGGCGCCGUCGCUGGAGCAGCUGAGCCUCGACGACGACAACGGGCGGGGGCUGAAGCGCAUGGAGAUGCCGUCGCCGCUGCUGCAGACGAUGCUGGUGCAGUUCGUGCUGCCGCUUCCGGGCGUGCGCAACCUGCCGGGCGAGUGGUGGAGCGUGCGGGCGCACGGCCUGGUGAAGCGCCUGGCGGACGCAGAGCUGUCCGAGAGCUACGACAAGGGCGCGCUGGGCACGCGAAAGACGCUCGCCACGGGCACGGGCGCCGUCCUCGAAAUGGUGGCCCGCGGCGUCCUCGGCGGCCUGCCCCGCGGCCCGGCGCCGGCGGUCGGCCGCGGCCUCGACGGCCACUACGACCACGGCCGGGCCGAGGACCUGGAGCGGGCGUGGGACGACAUUGUCCAGGGGCUCGUCUACGGCGACGUCGUCGACAGCCUCUUUGACCAUCUGGCCAAAACGCCCGACGUCGAGGGCCAUUCGCCGGCUGCCGGGGCGUCUGUCGACUAUAUCGUCAUGCACUUGGCGGGCCUGGUCCAUCACAUCUUCGUCGGCUCGCCCGAGGGCCAGUACCUGCUCAAGCUGGUAGAAAACGUGCAGCGCCUGAUCCCUUACAAGCUCAUCAAGCAGACGCUGCGCAUCGGCAACGCCGCCACCAUGAUAAACGGCAUGAUGCGGCUGCUGCUGGCCAAGCUAAGCGUCGGCAGCGUUACCAGCCGGAUGGGGCUCUCGCAGAAAGGAGACGACGGCAUGAACCUGCUGCAGCGCAUCAUCUCCCUCACCCUCUCCUGGGACGCCGGGGACUUCCGCAAGACCGCCGACAGGAUCGACAAGGCCAAGGACCGGCCCGCCGACGGCGCCCUCGCCGCCAUCCGGAAGCACAUCACCGAGGCCGGGCGCAGCGAGCACGAGGCGGUGCGAGCCGCGUCGGAGCAGCGCGGGCAGUCGAUUGUGACGGCCAUCCUCGAUGCCGCGGCGGCGAAGUCGACGUCGACUUUCUCCCUGACCGAGGCCCAGCACGCGCAGUGCCUCGAGUACUACUCGGCGCUACUGUCGGUACGCGACCGCGACUGCAUCACCGCCUCACUAUGCCGCCAGUCGCCAGACCUGCUGACGCAGGCCAUGCGCGAGGGCGUGGCGGCGUGGGAGCCCAUCAUCCGCAGCGUCCACACCCGCGUCGACCUCAAGGACCAUCUCGAAUCGCUGCAGGGCUUCAUCGACGACCUCAUCAAGGUCAGCAAGCCUCGCAAGGGCGUCGACGGCAAGGAGCGUCUACCCGGCGUCGAUGACUACGUCGACCUCCUGCGCCGCAGCAAGGGCCUGCUCUACGGGUUCCUCCACGCCAUCGCCUCACGCUGCCCGGACGUCUGGCAGGAGUUCCGCGGCUGGGCCAAGGCCUCUAUCGUGAAAUUCAGCCAGGACGACUCCCGCAGCAGCGCCGCCGGCUCCGGCUCCGGCUCCGGCUCCCCCGACCCGGCCCGCGGCAGCCGCGCCCGCAGCAGCCUCCCAGGCCGUCUCAACCAGCUCAUCGCCACGCUCAACCCUUCGACCCGGGACUCCGUCCUCGAGACCAUCGAUGCCCACGCCGCCUACCUGCUCACUAUGCACGACCUGUCGCUACAGCGCCUGCAGGCUCUCGCCAGCAAGUCCACCAACGCCGCCGCCGCCACCCCGGGCGUCUAUCUGGCCCGCUGGCAGGGGCUGCUCGACGACUCGCUCAUCACCCCGUCCGCCCCGCACGGCCCCGUACGCCACGGCAGCGAUGUCAAGCACAGCACCACCAUGGGCAAGACGGGCGCCGCCGCCCGCCGCCCUCAGCCAUCGCCCGCCGCCGACCUGGGGCCCCCGCCGCCCGACGUCACCGCCGUCCUGCGCGCCCUCGGCAGGGGCUUCAGCGGCAUCGUCAAGGACAUGUCGGUCGAGCUGCAAGCCGCCGACGGCGUUGCUUGA